AUGGCUUCUCCAACAGCGACACCAAUCCCUCUUCUACACACCGACGAAAACGAUUUCGACGCGACUAAGUACUACUUGGAGCUACUGGGCAUGAUCGCGGCUACAAUCACGAUCUUGGUCCUUGUGGUCGGAAUCGCUCCUGCUAUCGCUCGAGGCUUCGUUGAACUGUUCCGCAAGGUUGGAGAGCGCAGAGAGCGUCGUCGGGCCGCGGAGGAUGAGGAGACUGCGAUAGAGCUUGCACCAUGGAACGCGUCGGGCGUUGCGGGUUGGGAAGAGAGUGGGAAUGGUAAGCAGGGAAAUGGUGUGGGUUCUUGA